GUAGAAAAAUGGUUCUUUCUUAGUGUGACACGGACACACUUGCUCGUCCACAUCCCUUCCUCCAGCCACCGACCUCCCAAGGAUGCGCUCUUGCCGCCGGCCUCCCAAGGAUGCGCUCUUGCCGCCCCUCUUCUCGCGCCGCCGCUGCCAUCGCCAUGUCGAAGCGCGCUACGUACGCUCCGUCCUCCAUUCGCUCCCGACGAUCCGACUCGUUCGUUUGUUGCUCCUUUCGCUUACUGCCAGACCUAGCCGGCUUCUGCGUUGAAAUGGAUGAACUGCCGCGGUCUCAUACAUUUUCUGGGAUCCAGAAAUUUCGGACAUUGUGAUCUUCUCGGCCCCCCAGGACUUCAGGUGCUAUUUCUAGCCUCCCUAGGGAUUGGAGGAUUGGAGGGAACUAAUUCCACCUUAAUCCCCUCCAAUUCCGAAGAGGAUUUGAGUUUCGUUAAUAUCUUUAGAUCCAAAGUCUGAUCGACAUGAUUUUAGUUGGGUUAGUUGCGUAAUUUUAUCUAGUUUAAUCUGUUAAAAUCUCAAGUCAAUUGAAGUUACUGAUUUUGAUCAGUAUUGUUUUUUUUUUCUAGCAAAACAGAGUUCUGUCUAAAUUUAUCAAACUGAAUUAAAUCGGUUUUACAGUUGGAAGGAGGUGAUAUAAUUAUUUUUAAGCUUCCGUGAUAUUCACCUCUCUGAUUGUUUAUCCUUGUACUUAGCAACUUUGAUAUCCUAGGUAUCGUAUUGACCUUUUGUUCCCAUUUUGAGAAGACAAAGAAAGUGUCAAAGUUACAUGAAAUGGAUCAAUUCCAACUUGUACACACUGACAAAACACUAUAUGACAGUAGAGUUUGAAAUAUUCACACCGGUGGACAGCAACAGGCCAACCGGCCGUCAACCAGGAUAGUCGGGUCCUCCUGGCAGAUUUAUUUGGAGAUUCGUACCUGGACUAGUAUGCUUCCUUUUUCCCACUGGUGGACAGCAACCAGUAGGCCGGCCUGCUUUGAAAUAUUCUAAGAAACAACUUACCUACCUACCUUCUACAAAGCCAUCCUUGCCAGGGGCGGACCUAGGAUAAAAUUAGAGUGAGGGCAUUCUUACAAGAUCAAGGAUUAAAAUGUAAGAGCAGGGGCAUCUCAGUUAAAUCAAGGAGGGGACUCCAUGGUAAAAAUCUAUACUAUAUCAUAAUAUCAUAGAAAUGAGCAGGGGCCUAGGCCCUCACUCACCAUAACGUAGGUCCGCCCCUGAUCCUUGCUACCUUCCCAUGCAUUCAUAUGUGUGCCAAGGAAAAUAAACAAUUAAGCAGCACCUGACUCUGUCCCAAUGGCCGCUGCAAGCUCACUAGUCGCUCUAGUGCUACUGCCGGCCAUUUUCUUGGUCUCAGCACUAUCUCCUGCUUGUGCUGCUGCUUCUUCCACUCUAAUUCCUAACGGCAGAGACACCGACCUCGCCGUGCUGCUGGCUUUCAAAGCCCAGCUCUCUGAUCCUCUUGGCGUCCUCGCCAGCAGCUGGAAAACCAACGUAUCAUUCUGCCACUAGGUUGGUGUUUUGUGCAGCCGUCGUCGACAGCGCGUCACUGCUCUAGUUCUAUCGGACACACCUCUCCAAGGGGAGCUCACCCCACACAUCGGUAACCUCUCUUUCCUCUCUGGGCUGGACCUUAUGAACGCAAGCCUUACCAGCUCCAUCCCCGCCGAAAUUGGCACUCUGCGACGGCUUAAAUAUCUCUUUCUUGCUGAGAAUCGCCUAGCUAAUUCCAUUCCUGACUCUAUAGGAAACCUUACAAGCCUCAAGUCUCUCUACUUGAGCUCCAACAUGCUCUCGGGCAGAUUCCACCACAGAUGCUACAGAAUCUGCGCAACCUUGAAAACAUUUCGCUGGCCAACAAUGAGCUGAGUGGCCAUAUACCGCCUUAUCUGUUCAAUACCACGCCUUCUCUGAUUCAUAUCCACUUUGGAAGUAACCACCUGUCAGGUCCAAUACCGCACACUUUGGGAUCCCUGCCCAGACUUGACUACUUAGUCAUCAAUGAUAAUGAGCUCCUUGGCACAAUACCCGCCACCAUGUUCAACAUGUCUAGGGUGCAGGUAUUCUCACUGGAACUUAACAAUCUUACUGGAGAAGUCCCUUACAAUCAAAGUUUCAACCUGCCAAUGCUUUGGUGGUUUUCUAUCAGUGGGAACAACAUUCAAGGCCGAAUUCCACUGGGAUUUGCAGCAUGCCAGCGCCUGCAAGUUCUUUACUUAGGCGGACUUCCUCACCUUACUGGACCUAUCCCAGCUAUUCUUGGCAACCUCACCCGUAUUACUGAUAUAGACGUCUCUUUCUGCGACCUGACUGGGCACAUUCCACCAGAAAUAGGCCUGUUGCAAGACCUAAAGAAUCUACGUCUAGGAAACAACCGGCUAACAGGUCCAGUUCCAGCUUCUCUAGGAAAUUUGUCUGCAUUGUCUUUGCUGAGUGUGGAAUCAAAUCUAUUGUCUGGUUCUGUACCUAGAACAAUUGGAAACAUCCCAGGUCUGACCCAGUUUAGAUUCUCAUGGAACAAUUUCAACGGAGGUCUCGACUUUCUGUCCUCCCUUUCCAACUGCAGGCAACUCGAGCUCCUUGACAUAUAUAAUAAUUCCUUCACCGGGCCACUCCCAGACCAGGUGGGGAACCUGUCAACAUAUCUAAUUGAAUUUAGAGCAAAUGCAAACAAGCUAUCCGGUGAGCUUCCGUCGUCAUUGUCAAACUUAAGCAGCCUUGUUAGUAUCUAUUUUCACGACAACCUACUCACAGGAGCCAUACCAGAAUCCAUCACACGUUUACAAAAUCUCAUCCUGUUUGAUGUCGCCAGCAACCAAAUGUCAGGUCGUCUCCCAACACAAAUUGGCAAGCUCAAGAGCCUACAACAAUUCUACACCAAUGGAAACAAAUUCUAUGGCCCCAUACCUGACAGCAUCGGCAACCUUACGUCGAUAGAAUACAUCUACUUGUCUGAUAAUCAGUUAAAUUCAACAGUACCAUCUAGCUUGUUCCAGCUUCCCAAACUUAUCUAUCUGGAUCUUUCUCAUAAUUCCCUCACUGGUUCACUACCGGUCGACGUUAGUGGGCUAAAACAAGUGGAUUUUGUUGACUUAUCUUCCAAUUAUUUGUUUGGAAGCAUCCCAGAGUCAUUUGGAACACUUAAGAUGCUCACUUACCUAGAUCUAUCAUUCAACUCAUUGGAGGGCUCAAUCCCAGGUUUGUUUCAGGAGCUAGAAAGCUUGGCAUCAUUGAACCUCUCCUCCAACUCUCUCUCUGGUACAAUUCCUCAGUUCCUUGCCAAUUUCACCUACUUGACAGACUUGAAUCUGUCUUUCAAUCGACUAGAAGGAAAGGUACCAGAGGGAGGUGUUUUCUCCCGCAUCACCUCGCAAUCUUUACUUGGGAAUCCUGCGCUGUGUGGUGCUCCCCGUCUAGGUUUCUUGCCAUGUCCCGACAAGUCUCAUUCACAUACCAAUAGACACUUAAUUACAAUUUUAAUCCCUGUCGUCACCAUAGCAUUUUCUUCUUUUGUUCUUUGUGUGUACUACCUACUUACCACAAGGAAACAUAGUGACAUUUCUGAUCCAUGCGAUGUCGUGGCCCAUAACUUAGUCUCCUACCAUGAGCUUGUUCGCGCCACACAAAGAUUUAGCGAUAACAACCUGCUGGGGACUGGGAGCUUUGGCAAAGUAUUCAAGGGUCAACUAGACAACGGUUUGGUGGUCGCAAUAAAAGUGCUAGACAUGCAUCACGAAAAAGCCAUUGGAAGCUUUGACGCCGAGUGUCGUGUGCUUCGCAUGGCUCGCCACCGGAACCUGAUAAGGAUACUGAACACCUGCUCCAGCCUUGAUUUUCGAGCCCUGGUGCUUGAGUACAUGUCCAAUGGAAGCUUGGAGAUGCUCUUGCACUCUGAAGACAGAAGUCACAUGGGGUUCCAAUUCCAUACAAGGAUGGACACCAUGCUAGACGUGUCUAUGGCAAUGGAAUAUCUGCACCAUGAGCAUCACGAGGUGGUUCUGCACUGUGACUUGAAGCCAAGCAAUGUGCUGUUCGAUGAUGAUAUGACAGCACACGUAGCAGACUUUGGCAUCGCAAAGUUGCUACUGGGUGAUGACAACUCCAUGGUCGUUUCCACCAUGCCUGGAACACUUGGAUACAUGGCACCAGAGUAUGGAUCUCUUGGAAAGGCAUCGCGCAAGAGUGAUGUGUUCAGCUUUGGAAUCAUGCUUUUUGAAGUCUUCACUGGGAAGAGGCCCACAGAUACGAUGUUUGAGGGAGAACUGAGCAUUAGGCAGUGGGUUCAACAAGCAUUUCCAUCUCAGCUUGACACUGUCGUGGACAGCCAGCUGCUGCAGGAUGCCAUUUCUUCUUCAGCCAACCUGAACGAGGUUUUGCCCCUAAUAUUUGAGCUCGGUUUGCUCUGCACGACUGAUUCACCUAACCAAAGGAUGUCAAUGAGUGAUGUAGUAGUGACCCUGAAGAAGAUCAAAAUGAACUACACCAAAUUUGGCAUCAGCAAGGACACAAUGUCCUUCCCUGCAAUUGAUCACGCUUAAUUCUACAUGUCUAGUUUCUUCGGUUCUGCAGUGGAACAACUGCAUCAGCUACCUUUUACUGUAUUUUUUUUUUUACAAAAGUUGUUUCUUGGAUAACUCUUAGUAAUAUAUGGGCAUAUUACUAUUGUCAGGUGUGAAAUAAGUUUCUGUAAUUUAAAUUAAAAGAAAAGGUUGCGUGACAUUCAUGUGCCUGAACAGAGAUGUCAUAAUUUUAUAGUUUGAUCUUUUGUGGUCCAUUACGACCCUUAAACGUUAAGGGAUUGUUUU